CGUCCUGCGUGGGUGCCAAGUUCCACACGUGAUUUCAUGGAUCAGAAGGUCAGAUAUCGGGCCUGACUCGGGUGUUGGCAGCCUCGUGAUCUCUCAGGAGAUGCCAGUGAAGAAAAGGGCCCAGAAUGAUCACUAACCUAUGACUCCCAACAGCAUGACAGAAAAUGGCCUUACAGCCUGGGACAAACCGAAGCACUGUCCAGACCAAGACCACAACUGGAAGCUAGUAGGAAUGUCUGAAGCCUGCCUCCAUAGGAAGAGCCAUGCGGAGAGGCACGACACAUUGAAAAAUGAACAGUCAUCGCCACAUCUCAUCCAGGCCACGUGGACUAGCUCCAUAUUCCACCUGGACCAUGACGAUGUGAAUGAGCAGAGUGCCCCAAGUGCCCAGACCUUCCAGACAGAGGAGAAGAAAUGUAAAGGGUACAUCCCCAGUUACUUAGACAAAGACGAGCUAUGCGUGGUGUGUGGUGACAAAGCCACGGGGUAUCACUACCGCUGCAUCACGUGUGAAGGCUGCAAGGGUUUCUUUAGAAGAACCAUUCAGAAAAAUCUCCAUCCAUCCUAUUCCUGUAAAUAUGAAGGGAAAUGUGUCAUAGACAAAGUUACACGAAACCAGUGCCAGGAAUGUCGCUUUAAAAAAUGCAUCUAUGUUGGCAUGGCAACAGAUUUGGUGCUGGAUGACAGCAAGCGGCUGGCAAAGCGGAAGCUGAUUGAGGAGAACCGGGAGAAGAGACGGCGGGAGGAGCUGCAGAAAUCCAUCGGGCACAAGCCGGAGCCCACCGACGAGGAGUGGGAGCUCAUCAAGACCGUCACCGAAGCCCACGUGGCCACCAAUGCCCAAGGCAGCCACUGGAAGCAGAAGCGGAAAUUCCUGCCAGAAGAUAUUGGACAAGCACCAAUAGUAAACGCCCCAGAAGGUGGAAAGGUUGACUUGGAAGCCUUCAGCCAUUUUACAAAAAUCAUCACACCAGCAAUUACCAGAGUGGUGGAUUUUGCCAAAAAGUUGCCUAUGUUUUGUGAGCUGCCAUGUGAAGACCAGAUAAUCCUCCUCAAAGGCUGCUGCAUGGAGAUCAUGUCCCUUCGCGCUGCUGUGCGCUAUGACCCAGAAAGUGAGACUUUAACCCUGAAUGGGGAGAUGGCAGUGACACGGGGCCAGCUGAAAAAUGGGGGUCUUGGGGUGGUGUCAGAUGCCAUCUUUGACCUGGGCAUGUCGCUGUCUUCUUUCAACCUGGAUGACACUGAAGUAGCUCUCCUGCAGGCUGUCCUGCUGAUGUCUUCAGAUCGCCCAGGACUCGCCUGCGUUGAGAGAAUAGAAAAAUACCAGGAUAGUUUCCUGCUGGCCUUUGAACACUAUAUCAAUUACCGAAAACACCACGUGACGCACUUUUGGCCAAAACUCCUGAUGAAGGUGACGGACCUGCGGAUGAUUGGAGCCUGUCAUGCCAGCCGCUUCCUGCACAUGAAGGUGGAAUGCCCCACGGAACUCUUUCCCCCGCUCUUCUUGGAAGUGUUCGAGGAUUAGACGGCUGACUUCAUUCUCAUGAUUCCUACAGCACUACUGGGUGUCAUUUCAUUCCAUUGCCUAGAUCUUUUUUCAUUUGUUCCUUUGUUUCUUCGUGUUGGGAGGGAUUGUUUAGGGGUAAAGGGAGAUAGUCCUUGGCGUAGACAUGGAUGAAAUUGCCCCUUGAAUGCGGGUACUUGUAACUAUUGCAUUUUUUUUUCUCCAGUCCUUUUGAUGUGAAUGCUUUGACGUUUUUACAGCUGUGGAGGUGGGGUGGGGACCAUCAUUAAUUCACCAGCACCAAGCCAUCACCAGCUCCCAUCUGUCCCUGGUCAGAGACUCUGGCAAGCAGAAUGGCACAGCAGAAGACUAAAGAAGCCUUAAAACCAAGAUCAUGUGGUCGUCUUGAUCCAAUCGGAUUUUUGCAGGGCUCAAGUUGGCAGGACACAGACCAGCUUUGGUUAGAUGUGGCUUUCAGCUCUCUAAGGAAAGGUGUGAACAGUUUUUUUUAAUCCUAGAGCAUGCUGUCUUCAGCACUCUUCCUCCUCUCCCAGCAGCCUAACUUGGAAUGUACAGAAAUAUUUGGUCCCCCAAAUCAGCUGUUUUUCCACUGGAAUUUUUAUAAUCUUAUGAUUUAAUUCAAGUUACACAAGGUGUGACUCAACAACAUGCAAGUAUUUGACUGAUUGAGACCAACAAGGAAAACCAUUUUCUUCAUUGAGCCCAAAGAAAUUAGAAAUCUUUAUCAAUGUCAGUGACUCAACAGUUUCCAAAAAUUCAUAUAGUGUUACCUCAUAGUAGGGAGGCUUUUUACAGUUACAACUCAGAGAACAUUUCCAUAGAAAUUAAGCCUAUUCACAGAGUGUUGUCAUUUUCCAAUGACAUCUGAUCCAUCAUCUCCCAAACUCCUAAAGUUAUUUAUCCUGAUUGCAUCUUUGCUGAGCUGACAACAGAUUUCCCUAUGGAUUACAUCUGCUGAUCAAAGAGAGGUCAUGAGCUGAAAUCUGAGUCUUGUGGAGGAAUUCUGAGGCAAGACUAGUGCAGUUACAUUCCAAGUUGAAGGAAACGCAGUGAUCUGAGAGCCCCCUUCAUGUACUGAUGGUUUGAGGAUGCUUCCUUCCGGUCCUGGAUCCUCAAGCUCUUUGGUCUACUCACCAAUGUUUCCUAGUCUCCUUUCCCUGUGACUCUGUGGCUUGACUAUCACUAAACAAAGACUGGUCCAGCCUCUGACCCUCUCUGUCCCUCUUAUAACAUUGCCCUGAGAGAUAUUCAACAGAAAACGCCUGCAGGCCAUGUCCAUGACCAUGUACACUCACCUUCCCUACCCAACGCAAACAUUGGAGUAGCUCGUAUCCAGGAAACAAAUGGUGAUGCCUCAUCACUUCAGCAUCAGAAAAUGGGCAAAGAAUGUACCCAUGCAACUGAAUGUAUUUCACUGUUCACGGGCUUGGUAGAUAAACACUAGUCCUUAGCCUGCCUUGUGCUGCCUUAUCCUGGAAAUACUGGGGACACUAAGCCAUAUCAGUGAGAUUUACCUAAACACAAAGUAAUGAAAGUCACUUUGAAAACCAAGUCAGAUUUUUUUUUUAACUGAUCGGGAAGUCAGGGUGCCUGAGUUCUAGUUUGUGCUCUGUCAACUGGUGUAGA